UAUAAAGAUUGUUCGCCAAUCGCCGUUCGUACGUCGCUGGCAGUGAACGGAACGAAGUGCUGUCGUAUAGAUCGCUGGCUGGCCGUCGGGCUGAAAAUAGUGAACGAAGUAUGAGUUUUCGAAAUAUGUUCGAAUAAAAAGUGAACAGUGAGUGACUGUCAUCGAGCAAGAUGGUUGAUGACGUGAAAGAUAUUACGGAAAAAGCUGAAAGUAAAGAGGCCCUAGACCGAGCGAGAUUGGCGCGCGAGCGUCGCGAGGCCGAACAACGGAAGCGGCUGGAUGAGCUGCGCGCGCACGCCGCCGCAGCGCAGGCGCAACGAGAGAAGAGAGACGAAGAUCGACGCCGCAGACAGGCCGAACAGCGCGCCAAGGACGACGAUAGACGACUACAGGUGGAGGAACGAAAACGUGCAAUAUGGGAGGCGUCGAUAUCCCGUCGCGAAGCGUUGCUGCAACGCGAGCGCGAUCGCACCGAACGAUUGGAACGCGCACGAGCCGCUCGAUCCGCUCCGCGGCCGGCGUUCGCGUUCGGUUCCUCCACGCCGAGGCUACUAGAGCCCGUCGACUCGGCUGGAUUCUUUUGGGCCGCGCGCAGUACCAACCCCAUAGAUCAGAUGAACUUUUUUGAAUCACUGGCGGCAUCAACAACUAAUGUGAUGUUCGCGUCUGCGCCGCUCACGAGACGCGCGUCCGCACUCCAGCUCGACACGUCCGAUACUGAUAAUAAAGACGAACCCGACCGUUCCCCCCAACCCAUCUGGUCGUCCGUGGCCAGACGGCGCACCGACCUAGUGCCCACGCUGCCCGCGCGACCAGGUAGGGCCUACUCCAUGACGCGCCUCGACAAGAUCCCCUCGCAACGCCCGUUACACUCCGCGUCGCCUUCCAUGCACCACCUCAACAGGAGCCAGACCCGGUCGGGCGACACGACGCCCGGCUCCCGGCCCGGCAGCGCCAUGUCCAACACGGCCGUGGUGCGGCGAGCGUCGUCCGCGCCCCGCAAGCCGCGGCCCGCCUCUAUAGCCGGUACGGGUGUUAACACUCCACGAGGCGCAGACUUUGGCGCGGAUACGGGCGCCAGCAGCGCAGCCACCACGCCGUCCGUGUCGCGCGACGCCAGCGCCGUGCACGUGCGCGCCGCCACCACGCCGCGCCGCCCGCGCCCGCUGUCGCUGCACGCGCACAGACACGCUGGUCCGCUCGGUCCGGGAGAAGGCAAACCGCCUCUCCAUAGAAAACCAAAGCCAUCCAAAGAUCACGAUAAGCACGGUAUGUCGUCACGUGUCGCGGUGUACUUGCAGAGCGCGGGCAAGUCGCAGUCGGCGUCGCCGGGCCGCGCGCCGUCGCCGCCGCCGCCGCCCGCCAAGGAGCGCGCGCGGGCCGCGGACGAGGUACGCUGCGCACGGGCUCCCCUAUACAAUUAUACGACCUAUGACGAGCCGGUUGGCGUGAGUGCUAUAACACAGCCGGUAUCAGGCAAGAGUCAAGUCAGUGCAUUGGAGGUGACACAGAAGUUAGAAGCCCUACGAAUUGGAGAUCGCCAGCAAUCAAGCGAAAUAAAAGAAAACGUAGUAAAUAGGCCAGAAACGAACAACGAACAGACGGUACAACAAAACAAAGUGGAAGAGAAACAGAUAGACGUAAAGAAGCCAGAGAAGGAGAGGGAAGAGAAGAAGGAGGAGAAACGAGAGAAGGAACCUUCGCAGGAGAAGACUGAUGAUAACGAGAUGACUGCGUCGAUGACUGCACGACGAAUCACGACAGAAGAAGAAGCGAAGGCCGCACUCGCUGAGCGUAGGAGACGCGCUCGUGAGGAACUCGAGCGACAGGCUGAGCUCGAGAGGCAGAGAUUACAACGUGAAGCAGAAGAAGAGGCAGAAAGACAGCGCCUGGAAGAAGAGAGGCAAAAACGUGAAGAGGAGGAAGCAAGAGAGUUAGCUGCAUUGCAGAGGAGAAUGGAGGAGGAGAAACUAAGGAAAGCUAUUGAGGUUCAGCAGCAGCUGGAGAAGGAGGAGGCGGAGCGGCGCGUGCGCGAGGAGGAGGAGCGGCGGGCGCGCGCGCGGGAGGAGGAGGAGCGGCGCCGCGCGGCCGACGACGCCGAGCGCGCGCGCCGCGAGGAGGCCGAGCGCGACGAGCGGGAGCGCCUGCUGCGCAAGCAGCGCGUCGAGGCCAUCAUGGCGCGCACGCGCCUCAAGAAGCAAGCCGAGGAAGAUAAGAAGCAGCAGGAAAUGAAAGCGCAACAAAACCAACCAGCUCCUGAAUCUGCACCUGCCAACGAUAUUUCUACACCUAGCGCUACUCCGAACAAUGUAGCACCCGUAAACAAUUCACAGGACAGUGCAGCACCCGUUGCAAAUGCUGCCCAAAAUAGUCCAGCAUCUGUAAAUAAUGUAGCGCCAGAGAGUGCAGCACCCACGGUGAUCACUGCCCAAGACAAUGUAACUCCCGUAGCGAACGCAGCAGAAGAAAAUUCAAAGAAUGCGUCGCAAGAUGUUUCAGCAUCCAUAACAAAUUCCGUUCAAGAUAGUUCAGUAGUAACGAACGACAGUUCAGCGGCUACUAACGCAACGGCAGAUAGUGCAGCAGUGACGAACGCAGCACCUGAAGGAACUACAGUAGUCGAAACUAUGUCUGUGGAUACUAGCAAUGGAAAUGUACAGACGGAAGAUUUGUUACAACUUGCCGCUAGUCAGCAGGAAGUAACGCAAGAUCAGACACAAGUGGCGCUGGACACUCCGCCCACUAGCAACAAUAGUAACAACGGUAACGUGACUGCCGACCUGCUGGGCCUGUCCCAACAACAUGAGACAAAGGACAAACCAGACGAGCAGCCGCCCAAGCAGAUUGACAACACACCAACGUUGGACACAAACAACGGCAACGUUGGCCGCAUAUCCGCCAACUUCAUCCAAUCCGAGCGACGCGACGACUUCGCGGCGCACAACGGACACGGACACGCGCACCCGCUGACGUUGCAGAAUGCGAUCUAAUAACAGAGACGUACGGUCGAUAUUAGAACGGCUUCUCCGCGUGCAUAUUGGCUAGGUGAGCUCGACACGUCAACUGUGCCGACACGGUAGUUACAUUGAAUAACGAACUCGGAGCUUAUCGAGUUAAUAGCUCAUUUUAAACGCUGAGGAAGCAUUAGAAGGUCACUGAAUUCGCCUCAAUAUCUUACAACAACCCAAAAUUUUUCUUCGGUUUUCUCUUUUACUGAUAAACUAGAUAAAUGUAGAUUAAAAAAUAAUAAUUACCCUUGAUUAAAAAGUUAACUCCUACGCUCUUUGGACAAGUUUAAAAAGAUUGUUUGUUUCUGUAAUGUAAAAAAAAAGCUAUUCUUUUUAUACCUACUUUUAAUUUAAUUAACUUAAUAACAAAAACAUUGGAAAGUUUUUAUUCAAAUACGUAGCAGAUAUACUAAUGAUGAGAAACAAAUACGCUUUCAAAUUUGGAUUAUUAUGCUGUUUUAAACAAGUCUUUACUGUGAACGAAAUAAGGCUUAAGUUUGUGUAAAUAACUUCGGCUCUACAUGAACUGGUGGAACAAAAACUUUUCCUUUAUUAAAAAGAAAUUUCCCUUAAUGAAAAUUGAGAUUUCUAUAAACGAUUAUAAGAUAAUGGUAGGUUUCUAAGGUGCCUUUACAGUUUUGUUAAUUUUAAAACGGUGCUAAAAUAAUAAUUAAUGAAUAAUGAAAUUUAAUUUCAUCGAUGUUAAAGUACAAAAUUUUAACAAUAAUAAUGAAAUUCAAUAAUGCACAAUAUCUAAUCUAGUUGAAGGAAUGGUCGUUCGUCCUAGCCAAUAUGUAUGGAGUGAGAAAGGUAUAGAUAUGCUGUACUAUUACCACAGAUGUUGUCUCUCUCACACGUGAAAGUUAAAGAGAGACUAAUAUACUUUUGACAUGAUGAGUUAUAACUACCUAACUUUUUUUUUUAAUCUGUCAAAAUGUUAUCUGUGGUAAGUAUUACGCAUGUAUGUUGGCACAUGAUAUAAUAAUUAUAUGGUUAAUAAUUAUUGCAUUUAAAUCGCAAAUCCACGAUUCUAUUAAGAAUUUAAAAAAAUAUAUCUAGCUUUUUUUUGUUUUGCUAAUUUUAAGCGAAGAGUUAAUAAAAUAAAUCGUAAUCAUCGCUUGACGUUCCUCGUAUGACAGAAUUAAUAUUUUCAUACGAAAAAAAAAACUUAUUUCAAUGCUUUUUUAGCGAUUAGGAGCUACGACAGACAAACAAGAAUUCAACAAAAAAAUAUUUUUUUUAUUCAAAUCAUUGGCAAAGACAUGCAUUUUAAGUGUAAACCAUAUUAAUAUUUUUCUAAACGUAUUUAAAUAAAAUAUUCGAUACAAAUAUCCAUUGAAUUCGUUUCAAAUAAUUAAAUGCAUUAGAUAUAAAUAAGUAAACGGUUUGAUUAACUAUUUAAUUACUGAAUAUAAAAUAUCGGUUUGUUCGUCUGUUGCAUUUUUCCUAAUCGAAUUAUUAACAACAGAUUACAAAAAAAAAAAAUUGAAAACAUUCAAUAAUGAUCGUUUGGUGUAUAGGUUGUGUACAGCGACACUCGCGAACAGUGUUACAAUAAUUAUUUAAUGUAAGUUCUAUUUAUUGUGAUGUUUUUAUUAUUAAUAAUAAUAGAUAAUACGGCUUUGCUUAUCGCAGCCGUUAGUUGGUUAUUAAAUUACUUUCUUUGUCGACGGAUAGUGACACGGUAAGGCGGUAUACAUUUCAAUCUUACUUAUAUGUCGAUAUGAUAACGCUUCCGACUUUCUACGAUCAAAAGUAUAUUGGAUAGAGACGGAAGAUUUUUACCUCUCGCUCUUUCUCUGAGAAGAUAUGUUGAAAAGUUCAGACGCUAUGACAUGAGUAUAUUUACAUAUAAUUUAUGAUAGCUUAUGUGUAAUAAUGAGUAUUAAUUCGCAUGUCUCAGUAAUCCGAUUCGCAAUGGUGCGAGGGAGACAGACAUAUGGCGGUAAGCGCGUGUGCGAGUAAGACAGAUGCAUUGUGUAUGAACAAUUAAAACGAAAGUACGAAAUCUUUUCUUUAUUAAAAACAUCAAUUAAAGAAAUAUAAAACUUUAUAAAAUUAAUUGAUUAUGAAAUUAUUGAAUUUAAAUUUUUUUUUUUGUUUAAGACUGAAAAUAGGAAAUGGGAUUUUGUUGGAAAUUGCAGAUGCGUUAACAGUCAAAUGUCUGAAACCAAUAUACAAUAAAACGCUAGCUAUACCUAAGAAAAAUUUAAACGAUUAUUAUCUGUUUAUUCGUAACUGUUACGAACGAAGUCAUUGAGGUAACAUACUACAUACAAUAUGUCAAUAAUAUUGCUUAUUCAGAUUUAGCACUUAGACCGACCGGACAGCUUUGAUACUAGACAUAUGAUCAUUUUGGAUCUCCAUUCAACGUAAUAUCAACUCUAUAUAUGUAAAAUUGUAACGGAAUGCUUUAUAUAAUUACGAUUUUGGUUUUAUGUAUUCAUAUAUCAUAUGGAGGUCUGAAAAAUUUAAAUGAACUUAAUUACGACGCAAACAAUAACGGUGUUACUGUAGGAUAUUUAAAAAUGCAUAAACAAUUUUUUGUAAUAUAAGUAGUUAGCAUUCAAAAUAUAAUCUUAGUCUAUUUACAAUAUGCCUUUCUUCUGUUGUUGAAUAAUAUAUUUUUUUUUUUUGUAUGUUUGUAAUUCAACAGUGUUCCCAAUUAAAUUGUUCAUACCAUAAUAGUCUCUUAUCGUUUUGAAAUUAAGACUAAAAUGGUAUACGCAAUUAGAUAACACAAUAGUACCGUGUUCGUUGAACCAAAAUGUUUUCCUUUAUUUCCUAUUUAUCAAUUUAGAAGUUAUAAUAACAAAUUAUAAUUAAUUCUGGGAACGAUUCCCAUUUAUCGUAUAUUCCAUUUUCUUUUUUUAUAACACUUUUCGUUCUAUGGACUGAAGAUAAAUACGGCGUACGUUUGUUUAAUAAAGAUUGACAUGUUUCACCAAAAAAAUUAAUGUAUUUUAAGUGUUAAUCUACUCAUUCGGAUUUAAUUAUUAUUUUUCAAAUAGUUUUUUUUUCAAUGUAAUUAUGAAUAAAAUGCAUAAUAAUUUUAUAGUUUCUGAACGCCCGAUCAGACAUAGACUAUAUACCGCUUAUGUAGAUAACAUUAUACAAUUUUUGCUAAUCGUCCAUUUUGUAAUAUUAUAAACAAAUCAUGUAGUUCAUACUGCGACGGCCUUAAUAAAUAACUUUUACGCUAUUAUUUUCUUAAAACAUUUUUUUUUUAAUGAAAGUUGUUUUUAAACGUGAACCUGUGUGAUACGAUGCCAUUUUGAUAAUUCAUCGUUUGUACAAUUCGUACUGUUUUUGGUUACCUAUGUAUAAUUUGUUCCCUAAUUUAGACUGAUCGAUUCAUGCAUAUCCGAUUUUGUAACAAUUUUAAACGACACAAGUUUCAAGAUGGCGGCGUGUCACGUGUCACGUGUUGUGUGCUCGGUAGUGCGAUGCGGCUGUGGCUGUCGUUAUAACAAAUAUUAUGUAUUUAUCACAUUGAGACAUGGCUUCUAUAUACGUUCUAUUCUUUAUUAUGUUAGCAAUCGAUGGAUUUAUAAGGAGAAAGUUUUAAUAAAAAAUAUUAUGAAAUUUA